AUGUUGGUGGGUGUGGUGGUGGGUGAUGCUAGUGUGGUUGGCGGUGGCCAUGGUGGGGGUGGUGGCCUUGGUGGUGGUAGUGGUUGUCGUGCUAGUGGUUAUGGUGGUGGUGGUGGUCAUGUUCGGCAUGGUUGUACUGGUGGGGUUGGCGGUGGCCAUGGUGGAGUGGUGGCAGUGGUUUUGGUGGUCAUGGUCUUGGUGUUGGUGGGGGGUAGUGGUGGUUGUAGUGGUGGUUGUGGUGUUGGUGGUGGUGGUGGUUGUGGUUGCCGUGGUAGUGGUGAUGGUGGUUGUUGUGUUGGUGAUUCUUGUACUGGUAUAUUGGUGGUGCUGGUGGAGGUUGUUGGUGGUUUUGGUGGUGCUUUUGGACGUGGUGGUGGCCGUGAUUGUGGAGGUGGUUGUGGUUUGCGUGGUGGUUGUAGUUGUGGUGGUCAUGGUGUUGGCCUUUGUGUUGGCCAUGGUGGUGCUGAUGGUGGGUGUGGCCAUCGUGGUGGUGGUCGUCGUAGUAGUGGUGGUGGUGUUUGUGGCCAUAGUUAUGGUGGUGGCGGUCGUAAUGGCCAUGGUGGGGGUGGUUGUUAUGGUGGUGUUGAUGGUGGUGGUGGUGGUGAUAGGGGUGGUGGAUGUGGUGGUGCUGGUGGUGGUGGUGAUGGUGUUGGUGAGGUUGGUUAUGAUGGUGAUGGUUCUGAUUGUGGUGAUAGUGGUGGUACUGGUGGUGGUGGUCAUGGUGGUGACGAUGGUGGUCAUGGUCGUGGUUUUUGUGGUGGUGGUGUUUGUGGGGGGGUCUUGGUUAUGGUUAUGGUUGUGGGGGUGGUGGCCAUGGUUACCGUGGUGGUGGUGGAGCUGGUGGUGGUGCUGGUGGUUGUAGGGGUGGUGGAUGUGGCGGUGAUUGUGGUGGUGAUGUGGGGAGGUUGUUGUGGUGGUGAUGGUGGUUGUGGUCGUGGUGAGGGUGAUGGUGGUGGGCGUGCUGGUAGUGGUGUUGUUAGUAACGGUGGUGGUGGUGGUUGUGGUAGUGGUUGCCGCGAUGGUGGUGGUGGUGGUCGUAUUGAUGGUGGGUGUAGUGGUAGUGUUGGUGGUGGUUGUGGCCAUGGUCGGGGUGGGUCACUUGGUGGUGGUGGCGGUCGUUGUGGUUAUGGUUGUGGAGGUGGUGGUGGCCUUGGUUGUACUGAUGGUGGUAGUCGUGAUGGUGGUGGUGGUGGUAUGGGUGGUAGUGGCGGUGGUCGUCAUGGUUGCGGUGGUGGUGGUGGUUGUCGUGGUAGUGGUGAGGGUGGUUUUUAUGGUGGUGAUUCUUGUAGUGGUCUGUGGUGGUUGUGGUGGUCAUGGUAG